GUGACGCGUCGCUGCCAUUCUGCUCCUUUUGUAUUUCUAUGUUAUUUGAGCUCCGCAGUUAAGAUGGCGGCGUUGAGCAGCACUGAGGGCCUGGCUCUCCUAAACGGGGACAUGGACACGGAUGCACUAAGGGUUACAUCGGGUACAGAGGCUGAGACAGGCGCAGCAGCUUACCCUUGCAGCGACACAGAAGCUGACAUCCCCGAGGAGGUGUGGAACAUCAAGCAGAUGAUCAAGUUGACACAGGAGCAUCUAGAAGCACUACUAGAAAAGUUUGGCGGAGAACAUAACCCUCCUUCAAUAUACUUGGAGGCUUAUGAAGAAUACACCAGCAAACUGGAUGCCCUGCAGCAGAGGGAACAGCAGUUAUUAGAAUCUAUGGGAAAUGGAACAGAGAUUUCCCUUCUCCCCUUUUUAACGGACACAAACUUGUCUGAAAGCAGUAUAGCUUCCAGUCUCACAGUUGCUCCUUCAUCGUUAAUGGUUUCCCAAAACCCUGUUGAUGUCUCACGGACUAAUCCCAAAUCCCCACAGAAGCCCAUUGUUCGAGUCUUCCUUCCCAAUAAACAGAGGACAGUGGUUCCUGCCAGGUCAGGGGUGACAGUACGAGACAGUUUAAAGAAAGCACUUAUGAUGAGAGGUCUGAUUCCAGAAUGCUGCGCUGUGUACAGAAUACAAGAUGGAGAAAAGAAACCAAUCGGGUGGGAUACAGAUAUUACCUGGUUGACAGGAGAGGAACUACAUGUGGAAGUGUUGGAGAAUGUUCCAUUGACAACACACAAUUUUGUGCGGAAGACUUUCUUUACACUGGCAUUUUGUGAUUUCUGCCGAAAGUUGCUAUUUCAGGGGUUCCGUUGCCAAACAUGUGGCUACAAAUUCCACCAACGUUGUAGCACAGAAGUACCACUAAUGUGUGUAAAUUAUGACCAGUUAGAUUUAUUAUUUGCCUCCAAAUUUUUUGAACAUCACCCAAUAACACCGGAGGAAACAUCAUCAGGAGGAACCACGCCACUGACUAGUACUAGUUUAUACCCUCCUCUACCCCCAUCUGAUUCCUGCAGCUCUCUACACACGCCAACAUUAUCACCUUCAAAAUCUAUCCCAAUUCCACAGCCAUGCAGACCAGCAGAUGAAGAUCAUCGGAACCAGUUUGGUCAACGAGAUCGCUCCUCAUCAGCACCCAAUGUCCAUAUAAAUACCAUAGAGCCUGUAAAUAUCGAUGAUUUAAUUCGAGAUCAAGGGCUACCGAGAGAAGGGGCCCCCCAGUCUCAACCAGCCUACAGUCUCAGGAAGUAUCGUUCCCGGACCCCUAGUCCCCUGUAUCAGUCUUACCCCAAUGACAUUGUGUUUGAUUUUGAACCUGGCCAAGUCUUCCGAGGAUCAACAACGGGGCUUUCGGCAACACCACCUGCUUCUCUACCAGGAUCCCUAUCAAAUGUGAAAGCAUUACAGAAAUCACCUGGGCCACAGAGAGAGAGAAAACCAUCCUCAUCUUCAUCAGAAGACAAAAAUAAAAUGAAAACAUUAGGUCGGAGAGACUCCAGUGAUGACUGGGAGAUUCCUGAGGGGCAAAUCACGUUGGGACAGAGGAUAGGAUCAGGAUCCUUUGGAACAGUCUUCAAGGGAAAAUGGCAUGGUGAUGUUGCAGUGAAGAUGUUGAAUGUAACGGCACCGACACCUCAACAGCUGCAAGCAUUUAAAAAUGAAGUUGGUGUCCUUAGGAAAACAAGGCAUGUAAAUAUUCUGCUAUUCAUGGGUUAUACAACAAAGCCUCAGCUGGCGAUAGUCACGCAGUGGUGUGAGGGGUCUAGUUUAUAUCAUCACUUACAUAUAAUUGAGACCAAAUUUGAGAUGAUUAAACUCAUCGACAUUGCACGGCAAACAGCACAGGGAAUGGACUACCUACAUGCGAAGUCUAUAAUUCACAGAGACCUCAAGAGUAAUAACAUUUUCCUUCAUGAAGAUCUAACGGUAAAAAUAGGUGAUUUUGGUUUAGCAACAGUGAAAUCCAGGUGGAGUGGAUCCCAUCAGUUUGAACAGUUGUCUGGCUCUAUUUUAUGGAUGGCUCCUGAAGUAAUACGAAUGCAAGAUAAUAAUCCAUACAGCUUUCAGUCUGAUGUGUAUGCCUUUGGGAUUGUCUUGUAUGAACUGAUGACAGGGCAGUUGCCGUACUCAAAUAUUAACAAUCGAGAUCAGAUCAUAUUCAUGGUUGGCCGAGGCUAUUUGUCUCCUGAUCUCAGCAAAGUACGUAGUAACUGUCCUAAAGCAAUGAAGAGACUAAUGGCAGACUGCUUAAAGAAGAAAAGAGAGGAGAGGCCCCUUUUUCCUCAGAUACUAGCCUCAGUAGAGCUGCUUGCCAGGUCAUUGCCAAAAAUUCAUCGUAGCGCAUCAGAGCCUUCUCUCAAUCGGGCUGGCUUCCAGACAGAAGAUUUCAGUCUAUACACAUGUGCAUCACCGAAAACGCCAAUUCAGGCUGGGGGAUAUGGAGAGUUUGCAGCCUUCAAGUAGCGUCAUCAUCAUUACAACAUUUCUGUCAUUCAGGUGUGUUUCUACGAUCUACAAGGGCAUAAAAACUGUAUUUUGUUCCUCAGAACGUAGAAACCAGAACAUUGGCGCUACCUGGGAGCAGAAUGAACUACUUGUUAACAAGGAAGAGCUUGUUAGGACCCUGUGUUUUCUGCUACCAGCAUUUUACAUGACAGAAAUACUCAUAUAUAGAAGCUGCUGCCUACUUUUCCCAUCAUUCCAGAAAGGAGAAGGCAUGCACUUUGACCUUUGGCACUGAGGCAUGAUGAGAAACUGAUGCAGCUUUGAGAUUUAUUUGUCAGGAGGACAAGCUAAUCAUCUUUCUUCUUUGGUGAAGAGCGGUUAUUUAUUUUAUGCUGGGGUUCUUCUAACAGCAAAGAGAGCAAUCUUUUUUAUUCAUCUUUGGGUGCUUAUUAACUUAUGGAAAACAGUGCAGUAUCCCCUUUAAAACCUCAUGAAGCUACCAUUUCCUGUCCACCACAUAGUUUACAGUGAGUAAAAAAUGUAUAUAUGCAGUCAGCUGAAAAAAUAUCUUAGUUUUAGAUUUUUUUUUCCAAAAAGGGGAUACUGCAUUACUAAAAGGCAGGACCUUUUAUGUUUCUUUUUACUGUUUCAGGUUCUGAUUGCUAUCCCUUCCUAUUCAAGAACUGUACUCCAUUUACUUUUUCAUAUGGUAUGCAGGGUGCACAGCUGUGUUUUUAAGAAGUAUCGGGACCGUCAAAAAGAAACUUCAUAAUCUCUGCAGCUGUAGGAUUUUAUGUUCUUCAGCUCACAGCUUCUUUCCGCUACACUUUAAUUUGGACCACGACAAUAUUAUGUGCACUUUAUAUUAUUUAUUUUUACUGAGGUAUUGUUUGAAUGGAAUUUCUUUGGAGGCAA